CUCAACAUAUGUCAAAAACAAACUUAACCUCACUUAAUUCAAAAAAUUAAAAAUGGAUUUAGAAUGUAUUAAUACAAUAGAUUGCAAUCAAGGAGCUAUAAGAGCGGUUCGAUUUAAUGUUGAUGGAGCUUAUUGUUUAACAUGCGGUUCAGAUAAGAAAUUAAAACUUUGGAAUCCUUAUAAAAGCCUUUGUUUAAAAACUUAUGGGGGUCAUGGAAAUGAAGUUUUAGAUGCGGCAGGAUCAUGCGAUAGCGGGCAAAUUAUAUCUUGUUCGAGCGAUAAAUCGGUUAUUCUUUGGGAUGUCUCAACAGGGCAACCAUUAAGGCGAUUUCGAGGUCAUGCCAGCACUGUUUCUUCAGUCAAAUUCAAUGAGGAAUCUACCUUGGCGAUAUCUGGAAGUCAUGAUAACACUGUGAUGAUUUGGGAUUUAAAAUCGCGAAGAAACGAACCUGUCCAAACUUUAAAUGAUGCUAAAGAUUGUAUCAGUUCUGUUCAAGUAACAGAUUAUGAAAUUUUAACAGGUUCUAUUGAUUGUUCAAUAAGAAGAUAUGAUAUUCGUAAUGGACAGAUGUUUUCUGAUUUUAUAGGAGCUGCCAUAACUUCUGUUAAUAUAACCAAUGAUGGUCAAUGUAUUUUGGUAAGUACUGCUGAUAACAGUGUGAAAUUAUUCGAUAAAAUAACAGGAGAGAUGUUAUCUGAAUACAUUGGACAUAAAACUGAAGAUAUAAAUGUUGAAAGUUCAGUAAUGGCCAAUGACAGCAUUGUUAUUUCUGGUUCAAUCACUGGAGAAAUGUGGUGCUGGGAUUUAGUUUCUGGUAAAGUGAUCAAAAGAUAUGAACAUACAUUUAGAAAAGUGUUGAAUUCUUUAUGUGUUCAUCCUAGGAAGGAUAUUGUAAUGACCGCUUCUGUUCACACUGUUAAAGUUUGGGGAAAACCCAGUGAUUUACAAGUAUUAAAUUCUAUUGUUAAUGAUGAUUAGUAAUAGGAACAAAAAAAAAGAAUUUGUAUUGUA